GGGGCUCCCCUCCAACCUGCGCCGCUCCAACAUGGCUCCGCGGCUGUGCAGCAUCUCUGCGUCGGCGCGGCGGCUGCUGGGGGGCCCGGGGCUCCGCGCUGGGGAUUUUGUGGCUGCUGCGUCCGCGCGCUUCUAUUCCAAGGACAAUGAAGGCAGCUGGUUCCGCUCCCUGUUUGUCCACAAGGUGGAUCCCCGGAAGGAUGCCCACUCCACCCUGCUGUCCAAGAAGGAAACCAGCAACCUCUACAAGAUCCAGUUUCACAAUGUGAAACCCGAGUGUCUGGAUGCCUACAACAGCCUGACGGAGGCUGUGCUGCCCAAGCUGCACCUGGAUGAGGACUACCCCUGUUCGCUGGUGGGCAACUGGAACACGUGGUACGGGGAGCAGGACCAGGCAGUGCACCUGUGGCGAUUCUCAGGCGGCUACCCAGCCCUCAUGGAGUGCAUGAACAAGCUCAAAAACAACAAGGAGUACCUGGAAUUCCGGAAGGAGCGGAGCCAGAUGCUGCUGUCCAGGAGAAACCAGAUGCUCCUUGAGUUCAGCUUCUGGAAUGAGCCACAGCCUAGAACAGGCCCCAACAUCUAUGAGCUGAGGACAUACAAGCUCAAGCCAGGAACCAUGAUUGAGUGGGGGAACAACUGGGCUCGGGCCAUCAAGUAUCGGCAGGAGAACCAGGAGGCAGUAGGCGGCUUCUUCUCGCAGAUAGGCGAGCUCUACGUGGUGCACCAUCUCUGGGCCUAUAAAGACCUACAGUCUCGGGAGGAGACUCGAAACGCUGCCUGGAGGAAGAGGGGCUGGGAUGAAAAUGUCUACUACACAGUCCCCCUCGUGCGACACAUGGAGUCUCGAAUCAUGAUUCCUUUGAAGAUCUCGCCUCUCCAGUGAUGUUGCCUC